AUGCCAUUCAUUGUAAAUGGUGAAAUCGUCAUGAAGAACGACACAACUGUCUCAAAGUCUGUUCGUGAUAUUUUAGACUACUUGCUUCAUUUGGGUCCUACAGGAUUUGACCCAUAUACAACUCAAUGUCAAGUACCAUUCAUAAACGACUCAGCAGAAAUAAAACUCAAAACGUCAACAGUAGAUGAAGCAAUUGCUGACUCAUUGACAAAACUUCUUGAUAUAAUAAUGAGGUUCAAUACAUUCAAAACAACAUAUGAAACCUUUAAGAAAAAUUAUGACGAUUUCUUUAAAAUUACAUACAUCGAGCCUUCUGCUCCUCAAACACCAGACUAUGCAUGCCUUAAAAUAAAG